CAGUUGACAGUUAUCGGGAUAAUUGUUCACGUACAUCUUAAAUCUACUAACGUAAACAGAAUACGAACAUAUGACAAUGGCUGUCGAGAUGAUCGUUUUCGUUACAUGUCUGUCAUCCGUCCUGGCUCAAUACGUCGUACCGGCAUACCCCGCUUACCACGUGACAUCGGCAAAAGCUUACGUACCGGUAGAACCCGUCAACGUGCCGACGCCGUACAACUUUGGGUAUAGCGUGAACGACCCAAGCACUUACGACGUCAAGAGCCAGGCUGAGUCCAGCGACGGCAACGGUAACGUAAAAGGCUUUUACAGCCUUUUGGAAGCCGACGGUUCAACGCGCACCGUCGAGUAUACCGCCGACGACUACAACGGGUUCAACGCUGUCGUCAAGAAGGAAGGCGGAUAUGCUUCCGAUGUCGCUUAUAAACCUGCAACAGCACCGUACAAGUUGUACUGAGAAAGAGAAAUAGAGUGACGACCAAUCGUCACCGCGACCUUCGUCCUCGACUGUAAUCCACGUGCCACGCACGUUUCCGGUCGCGUCGCUGUUGACACAUAUCCAGUCAUUAUACUAUUAUAUUAUAUAUUAUUAUUAUACCUACACGUUCUGCAGCUAGCAGCUAUUGCAUGGACAGCAGUUCACGUACCUACAUAUACUCAUAUAACUAUAGGUCAUUAGAGCGGUUCGUACACUUUAAGAUAAUUAUUAUUAGUUACCUUGUAAAUAAUUAUAAGCUACGAUUUAUCUGAAACCAAUAUGUAGUUGAUAGUUAUUUGUAUAUUAUGUACGUUUAUCCACUGCAGUUUUUCGUGCUAUAUUAUUAUCAUUUAUUAUUAAGCUAUUGACACAAUA